AUGGCCAGUCCCAUGGCAACGGAAACUCUCGAGCAGAUCCAGACACGGCAUCGUCGUGAGCUCAAGGACCUGCAAGGCCGCAUAACGGGAAAGAAGAAGAAUGCCACAAAGAAGACGCGCAAGGGCGUAAAUGACGAAUGUGCAGAGAUGGAACGUCAGCUACGUGAAAAGCAAGCCACCGAGAUCGCCGCUUUGAACAACAGCGAUGAUAACAGCGACGAAGGCGAAAGUGCCGCCGCUGAAGCUCAAACACAGCUCCAGGAAGACACCCUAGUGAAAGAAACCAAGAAGCUCUCUGUCUCAGAACCCGAACAGCAACAGCAGCAGCAGCAGCCGGGAAAGAAGCGCAAUCGUCAGAAGGAGCGGCUUGCCCGACGUGCUGCUGAGCAGGAGGCUGAGGCGCAGCGUGCAGAAGAGGAAGCAUCUUGUAUGACCAAUUACCGAGCCAAGGAGAGCGAGUACAUGAAGUCGACGUUUGAGAAGCAUGGGCUUGUGGAGAAAGAUAUCGCGCCCGAUGGACAUUGUCUAUUCUCAGCGGUGGCGGAUCAACUCGGCCAGAAUGAUAUCCCUCUCGGAGACAGUGACACCAAGGACCCAGCAUACAAGACGGUGCGACGAGUGGCUUCUGAGUAUAUGUUGGAGCAUGGAGACGACUUUGCGCCGUUCCUCGAGGAAGACCUCCAAGACUACGCCCGCAAGAUGCGAGAUACCGCCGAAUGGGGCGGCCAGCUUGAGCUCAUGGCGCUGGCACGACAGUAUAAAGCGGAGAUCCGAGUGGUACAAGAUGGUCGCCUUGAGCGUAUCGGGGAGGAAGAGGGAGCUGAGUCAGGCAAAACAUUAUGGUUGGCAUACUACAGGCACGGCUACGGCUUGGGAGAGCACUACAACUCUCUCCGAAAGGCACCAUCAUGA